GUUUCUUCCGGAAUUUUGUGGCCAGUGGUAACAGAGUAUUGGAUCACGUGGGGCGUGCGGGCCAAUCGCGCGGGCGCGAGGAUUUAAUGGACAGAAUAUUUCUGACAAGCGUAGAAAAAGUUUCAUCAACAGCCGCCAUAUUGCGAGUUCGUGGUCGCGUAGAAUUUCGUAUGAAUUUCUUACACUGUACUGUCGUAUGUAAAUUAAAGGGGUCUUAUAUCGGCAAAUGUACGGUUAUAUAGUGAAUUAGUGGAUAGAUUUUGUCAAUGUUUGUUAAAAAAGUGUCGAAAAGUGUGAAACUUGGAGUGAUUUAGUUUGAGAUCAUUGUGCGGUUCUGACGGAAGAUGGUGAGAGGCAGUCGCGAAGUAUAGUCGGCCAGUCGGACUAGUCGAAGUUCAUGAUGGCCGAUGGUUGACUGUUAUUUGAUAAAUAUGUGCCUUGGGAGAUGCAUCGACUGCCGAACAUUCGGUAUAUCGACUGUUUGGUGCCGCUUCUUCUAUAUUUUCGCAUUUAAAUCAUGUGUUUUAUGCGUAAAUUGCGAUAAAUAGUGCAUUACAGUGCGUUGAGUGCGGUCGGCCGCAGCAUUGGGCCAGUGCUUCGGCUUUUGGCUUGGUAAACAGGAGACUGCACCGCCGAUUUUGCUAUGGCCGAUCAUCUUGUAGAUGGCCCGCCGAAUGCCAAAAGGCAAAAGUUGGAGUCCUUUCAGGGCCCAUCGGACCCUGCUUACAACUAUGGCAUGGGCCCCUCUCAGGCCCUUUCAACCUCAAUGGGUGAUGGUAUUUCCAAUCCGAGGACACAUUGGAAUUAUAGCCAGCAACAAAAUGUUUUCACAAGUAUGGAUGGAUUGUUGGAUUUGGAAAAUGAUCUCCCAGAUGAGCUUAUAUCAUCAUCAUCAUGGGGCAUGUCAGACAAUAUGGGCAACAAUACAAAGCCACCAGCUCAGGGUCCAGGUCCAGGCACCAUCCAAAAUGGAAUCGAAACUAAUGAUAGUAAUACGUUGCGACAAAUGCAAAUUAAUCAAAUACUUCAGCAGACAAAACCUGGAUUAGCCAAUCCUUUGUCACAAUUAGGCAAUAAGAGCCCCAAUUUACAAUCACCCCCGAACGUGUCAGUGGCAAAGGGUGUUGUUGAUCAGCUUAACUUGGGUAGUCUACCAUCAAGUAUGACAAACAAUGUUGGACUGCAAUCAAUAGCAAAUAAUGGAAGUACACCUCAAGUGAUGAGUUCAAUCCAAGGUAUCAAUAACAGUGCUGGAGGAAAUAUGAUAAUGACAAAUAGCAACAUGAACACAAUUGGUGGAAUGGCAGGUGGAGGUUUAGUAGUAAGCAGUAGCGUGAAUAAACCUCUAACAAACACCACGAACAUGUUAGCCCCAGGACAACCUCACCAUGGUGGAAAUCAUAAUGUGCCUCAGGGCUUGCAAAAUGGACCGAUAAUCAACCGUAUUCCCAUGUCAACGUUCGGCACUCAACGGAUACCAGGGCCCCACGUACACAUGGGAGGACCAAGACUGGCCGCCCCCAACACCAUGAUCGGUGCGGGGGGUGGUCCCGUCAAUCAGGGACUCGGUGCGACGUCGGCCGGCGGUACGGCCACCCCGUACAGCUAUCAGAAUAUGAACGCCACAUCCGGAGGACCACCGCAAGGUGUUCAACAGCAACAAGUUGGCAAACUUGGUAACUGUGCCCGCCUAGGAGCACCAGCUGGAGCAGUACCGCCGGGCGGCGUACCUUCCGGUCUGGGUGGUGAAGGCGGUAUGGUUCAGACGCAGCCACCCGCACCAUCUCCAGCACAACCACAAUCUGGCGCUCCGAGCGGUACCCAGCCAGGACCUCAACAGGCGUCGCAGAAUCCAACUCCUUCUACAGAUCCCGAAAAGCGAAAGCUUAUCCAACAGCAGCUGGUGCUUCUGUUACAUGCGCACAAAUGCCAGCGCCGAGAAACGUCGCAAACCAACGGUGAAGUAUGGACCUGCACUUUGCCACACUGCAAGACUAUGAAAAAUGUUCUAAAUCACAUGACGACUUGCAAUGCAGGCAAGUCUUGUACUGUCGCACAUUGCAGUUCUUCAAGGCAAAUCAUUAGUCAUUGGAAAAAUUGUAUCAGAACUGACUGCCCGGUUUGUUUACCUCUUAAGCAGGCGGACAAGAACAGAAAUAAUCCUAAUGCAGCUGCUGCUAAUCCACCACAGACAAACCAGUCACAGAAUCAGUGCCCCACUGACAUGCGUCGUGCGUACGAAGCUCUAGGCAUCCAGUGCCCAACGACUGGGGCGGGACCCACACCGCCCGGCUUACUUCCGAACCCGGGCCCAACUAGGCCUCAGAUGAGGACUCUCCCAGGUGGACCGACAAUACCAAACAUAAAUCCAAACAUGGGUGGUGUGAGAGUUUUGGCGCCACCUGGUGCCAACCCACCGACCGUGUCUUUGCCACUUAGCAGCGAUCCUUCAACACAAACCGGACAGGGAAUCGCCAGUCAAGCUCAAACAUUGCAGCAACAGACUGUUAACACUGUGAUGUUCGGACUGGCGUCCGGAGCGGAGGCCGCUAAUCAAGGUUUGGGAAACCCGGCGGGUUUGCAGGCCGGUCAGGUAACGGCCUCGCCGGUGGCUGGAACGAAGGAGUGGCAUCAGAGUGUCACUCCAGAUCUUCGAAAUCACCUUGUUCAUAAACUGGUGCAAGCAAUAUUUCCGACACCUGAUCCGCAAGCACUGCUUGACAAACGUAUGCACAAUUUGGUGGCUUAUGCGCGGAAAGUAGAAGGUGACAUGUACGAGAUGGCCAAUUCUCGAUCGGAAUAUUACCAUUUAUUAGCGGAGAAAAUAUAUAAAAUACAAAAAGAACUGGAAGAGAAACGACAGAAAAGAAAAGAACAACAGCUCCAACAGCAGGCGAAUCCUCAGAUAAGACCAAACCUUCAAGUAGGUCCUCGUCCUGGAGUACCAGGUAAUCUAAUUCAGCCACAGCAGUCGCAGUCGCAAUUGAGAAGCGGCUCCCCCUCACUGGUCCAAGGCAACCUUCCAUCGGGCUUGGGAGGUGUUCUCAAUCAAAACAGACUUAUGUUCCCCAUGCAACAACAACAACAGUCCACGCAACCAAAUACGCAAACACCACAACAAUCACUUCAACAGGUAUCACAGUCUCAAAACAACCAACAGUCUCAACCGCAGCAGACUGUGGGUCUUCCAGGGCCUAGUCCAACCCAGUCGAAUCCUGGAUUAUCGCCCUUCAGCGGUAACCCCCUUUCACAGGGUAGCACAACGGGUCCGUCGACUGGUGGCGGUGGCCCAUUCCCGCCAACCAGUAACGGUUCGGUCUCCCUGCCUCAGGCAUCACCCGCGAGUCAGCCUAAUUUCAACGAUAUGAUUCAAAAGAAAAUGGCGCCUUCUCCCGGUUUUCAAGUACAAACACCACUAUCUCAACAAUCACAACAGGGACAAUCGAAUACCACGAACGGCACGAUUGGUCGAAUACCGUCCGGAGCAUCGUCGGUCCCCGGUUCGGAGAAUGCGACCACGCCACAGGACGCGAACGUGGCGAACGCCAUGGCCGGUCCGAAGUCCGUUAGUUCUUCCAGAGGUCCGUCACCGGCGCCCGCAACUCCCGUACAAGCAUCACCUGCACCCAUCGCCAGCAUGGGCAAGGGCAUGAGUAGCGCGGAACGUGCGGCCCAAAAUGCACCUCGAACCUCCUCACUGUCGACGCAGAUGAGUGCCAUACUGGCUGCCUCUGAACGAAACGACGAGUCUCCAUCGCCACCGUCUGCCAACAAGGGCAAACUCGAUCAGAUGAAAAUGGAAUCUGUCGACAUAAAGCAAGAAGAGGGCGAACACAACGACAACCAAAACGAUUCCAUGGGUGGCAAAAAUAUUAAGAACUCAUCAGAUAUCAAGUCGGAGAUCAAGUCAGAAAUAAAGAGUGAACCCAUGGAAGAGGGCGAUAUACACCCUAAUUCCACCAUUAAAGAAGCCAUAGUCAAAAAAGAGGAAAAUGCUGAUUCUUCAGAUACUAAACCAGUUGUACCUGAAAGUGGCAUAUCGCCCUCAAUCGGUGUUAAAACCAAAUGCAUUUUCAAACCCGACGAACUGCGCCAAAAGCUCAUGCCAACAUUGGAGAAACUGUUUCGUCAAGAUCCAGAAUCCAUACCGUUUCGUCAACCUGUCGAUCCUCAAACACUUGGCAUACCAGAUUAUUUCGACAUCGUUAAGAAGCCGAUGGAUCUUUCGACGAUCAAAAGGAAACUGGAUAUCGGUCAGUAUUCUGAUCCGUGGGAAUAUGUCGAUGAUGUGUGGCUGAUGUUCGACAACGCUUGGCUCUACAACAGAAAAACCAGUAGAGUGUACAGAUAUUGUACAAAGUUAAGCGAAGUUUUUGAGCAAGAGAUCGAUCCAGUGAUGCAGAGCAUGGGAUAUUGCUGCGGUAGGAAAUAUACUUUUAAUCCCCAGGUGUUGUGCUGUUAUGGAAAACAGUUAUGCACAAUAGCUAGAGAUGCAAAAUAUUAUAGUUAUCAGAAUAGCUUGAAGGCAUAUGGACUGGGUUCAGACAGGUACACUUUCUGCCAGAAGUGUUUCAAUGAUAUUCAAGGAGACACUGUAACAUUAGGUGAUGAUCCAACACAAACGCAAACUGCCAUCAAAAAGGAAAUGUUCAAAGAAAUGAAGAACGAUCAUCUGGAAAUGGAAGCAUUUGUAAACUGUACAGACUGUAGUCGAAAGUUACAUCAGAUAUGUGUCUUGCACCAUGAGGCCAUAUGGCAACAAGGUUUUACUUGUGACGGCUGUCUGGCGAAGAAGGGUCAAAAGAGACGUGAAAAUAGGUUUAACGCCAAACGGUUGCCACCUACUCACUUAGGAAUGUAUAUCGAAAAUAGGGUCAAUAUGUACCUGAAAAAGAAAGAAGCGGGCGCGGGCGACGUUUCAAUUCGGGUGGUGUCGAGCAGCGAGAAAAUGGUAGAGGUGAAACCUGGUAUGCGAAGUAAAUUCGUUGAGACGGGCGAGCUCGCUAGUGAAUUUCCUUAUCGUGCAAAAGCACUAUUCGCCUUUGAGGAGAUCGACGGCACCGACGUCUGCUUCUUCGGUAUGCACGUCCAAGAAUACGGAUCGGAAUGUCCACCGCCAAAUACUAGGCGCGUCUAUAUCGCCUACUUGGAUUCGGUGCAUUUCUUCAAACCACGUCAAUUUCGAACGGCUGUUUACCAUGAAAUUCUUCUGGGUUAUAUGGACUAUGUUAAACAACUUGGUUACACCAUGGCACACAUUUGGGCCUGUCCCCCAUCGGAAGGUGACGACUACAUCUUUCAUUGUCAUCCAAACGAACAAAAGAUUCCGAAGCCUAAGAGACUGCAAGACUGGUAUAAGAAGAUGCUUGAUAAAGGCAUCAUAGAAAGAAUAGUACUAGAUUAUAAGGAUAUAUUAAAGCAAGCAAUGGAAGAUAAUCUUAGGUCCGCGGCCGACCUCCCGUACUUUGAGGGCGACUUCUGGCCAAAUGUUCUAGAAGAAAGUAUCAAAGAACUUGACCAAGAAGAAGAGGAAAAAAGAAAACAGGCGGAGGCUGCGGAAGCUGCGUUACAGAUAUUUUCCAUGUCAGAAGAAAGUGAAGUGGGUCCAGAUGGCAAGAAAAAAGGUCAGAAGAAAGCAAAAAAGAGUACCAAGUCAAAGGCAAACCAAAGAAAAAAUACCAAGAAGUCGAAUGCCCACGAGACCGGCAAUGAUCUUUCGGCGAAGAUUUUUGCCACUAUGGAAAAGCACAAAGAAGUAUUCUUUGUUAUUAGACUUCAUUCAGUACAAUCCGCAGCUAGUUUAAAAGCAAUCCAAGACCCUGAUCAAUGUAUAAGCUGUGAUCUCAUGGACGGCAGAGAUGCAUUCCUAACGUUAGCUCGGGAAAAACACUACGAAUUCAGUAGUUUAAGACGCGCAAAGUUCAGCACCAUGUCCAUGCUCUACGAGUUACACAACCAAGGCCAAGACAAAUUCGUUUACACGUGUAACGCUUGCAAAGCACAUGUGGAGACUCGCUAUCAUUGUACAUUCUGCGAAGAUUUCGAUCUGUGUACGCAGUGCUACAAGAAGGACGGCCAUCCCCAUCCUAUGGACAGACUUGGUUUGGACAUCGAUGACGGCAGUUCGCCAGGAAGCAACGUCACACCUUCAGAGCAGCGAAAACUUUCAAUUCAGAGGUGCAUUCAAUCUCUUGUACAUGCUUGUCAAUGUCGUGACGCAAACUGUCGACUGGCCAGCUGCCAAAAGAUGCGGCGGGUAGUUAAUCACACUAAACAAUGCAAACGAAAGACCAACGGUGGUUGCCCCAUCUGCAAACAGCUGAUAGCUCUAUGCUGUUAUCACGCUAAACACUGCCAAGAAACAAAAUGUCCUGUGCCAUUUUGUUCAAACAUCAAACACAAACUCAAACAGCAACAGCUACAACAGCGUUUGCAGCAGGCGCAACUGCUUCGUCGUCGUAUGGCCGUUAUGUCGAGAGGGGUGGCACCAUCAUCGGUUAGCACCCUCCCAGGUACUAACAACAUGAUGUCCGUAGGCGGCGGAAGUGGGGGAACUCAAUCAGUUGUUCCGGGUGGGGGAGCGAUCAGUCCCGCCAAUUCCAUCGGUUCCGGAGGUUUGGCGAACGCGGGAAUGGGCGGCAUUCAGUCACCUCAUCAGCCAGGCAUCGGGUUGAAGCCGGGCACUCAAACACCGCCCGCCAACGUCCUGCAGGUCGUCAAACAGGUGCAAGAAGAGGCAGCAAGACAGCAGGCCCCGCAUGUGGGUUACGGGAAAGUGGCUCCCGGCGGAGCUGCGGGACAGGUUGUGGGGGGACAGUCCAUGCCCCCGCCUCAACUCCGAUGUCAGAUGCCAGUGCCUCAAGGAGGGAAUCUUCUACCCAUGGAACAAUGGCAACAGAGGUAUCCAGCGGGUGUAACUCCAGGUGGUAUGCGUCAGCCCGGCGCCCAAAUGCUCCCUACAGGGCAAAUGGGCGGCGGUAUGCAACAACCCAACCAACAAGGUGGAGCUGGAGGUAUCGUACGACCACCUCCAGGCGGUGGUCCACCACAGAAUACCGGUGCGCCCCCUCCUCAAAUGAUGCAAAAGCAGGCGUUACAACAGCUCAUGGCUACUCUACGCUCCCCGCAUUCGCCUGAACAGCAACAGCAGAUUCUGUCUAUAUUAAAGGCAAAUCCGCAAUUGAUGGCUGCGUUUAUAAAACAGAGACAGGCUCAACAGAUGCAACAGGGAAGUGGAGGAGGUGCGGCACCUCCUCAACAGCCAUUACAGCACCUAAUGAACGCGCAAACACAACAGGCGGCAGCGCAGCAGGCGGCCGCCAACCGGCUCUCGCAAAUGCCUCUCUCUAGUAUGUUGGGUCAGCAGUUGAACCAGCAACAGCAGGGGCAGCCGCAAGGGUUGCAGCAGGGUCAACAGCUCACGCCCCAACAACAACAAUGGUAUCAGCACCAGAAGAUGAUUCAGUUGCGACAACAACAGGCGCAACAACAGCAACAACAACAACAAGGUUUUCAACAACCUCCAGCCCCGCCUUCAUAUCAACAACGAUUGCCAGCAAUACGACAGCCGCACGUAGGCUAUAACAAUUCGUUCGGCGACCAACAGUAUGCACCAAUGCAGGGCCUUAAACCUACCCCGCCCCCAGUGCCUAGUCCGCAGGGCGUUAUGGGCCCACCCCAAGGUCAAGGAAUGACGGUUCAACAGCAACAGCAACUCAUGCAGAGCGUGAGUUCCCCGCCCAUCAGGAGUCCGCAACCAUCACCAUCGUCACGGCCAAGUCCGAGCCCGCGGAAUCAAGCUGUGCCAAGUCCCCGCGGUCCCCAGCCCUCACCGCACGAUUUGGCUUCGGCGGCGGCUUCCGAAAUGCUGCUAGGCGGUGGCGGCCCCGGCGGCGGACCUACAAGUCAAAAUCAUGCGGGUUCCGGCCUCCAUCCGCACGCGUCCCCCGUCGCCCAGCAAAGUGGUCAGCAACAGCCGGACGGCGGAGACAUUACACCGAUGACGCCCCAGGAUCAGCUGAGCAAAUUUGUUGAACAACUCUAGUGGUGCAGAGCGCUGCUGUCUUCAAGAAGAUCGGCAGACAUCUAACGACGGAAGAAACGUUGACUGCUCCAUUGGAUUUGAUAUAUCCUAGUUGAAUCGAAUUGACCUCGUGUUUAUAGUGUUUCAUAACGAUUGUAUAUAUGUAUUGUGAGAUAAACAGUGACUGCCUGAUUUACUCCAGCAGAUGACGAUGUAAAUAGUUGUGAAUUUGAAAGCCAGAGACACCUUUUUUAAAAGUACCCUUUUUCCCAAACUGUACAUAUGUUUUAUAAUGUUCUAACAUAAGAUGAAUUUGUAAAAAGAAAUAUAUAAUUUUAGUGGUGAUAAACAUGAAGUUAACCUAAAUAGAUGAAGUGAAGAUACCUAAAAAGUAUUUGGCUUUGCGUGAGGCUGUGUUCUAUAACUUAAAAAUAUUAAACGGAUUGUUACCGAAAGUGUUUAAUGUAACGGCAUGGCUCUGACGCACUGUUGUCCGUUGAUUUUUUGAUUUUUUAUACUUGACAUUAUUAUUAUAUAAAAAUAUUUUAAUUAAUUCAACAUCUAUAGUGACGCUGUAAAUAUUAAUUUUUACCGAAAAGACUUUUAGUUGAACUGUAUAUUCGGUAGCUAAAUGAAGCUAUGUGAUUCGUCCUGUUUCUAGGACUCUUUGUUUUUAUAUAUAUUUAUAAUUUAUAUAUCGUAUUUGUUUUCUUUUUCAUGUGUUAUAUAACAUUCCACGAAUCGAAUUUUGUGGAGUGCAACUAUCAUACAACAUAUGCUGGCUUUAUCUGAUAAAUGACCUUUUAUUAACUAUUGUGAAAUUAUUUAUGAUUUUCAAAUUAAGAAAUGUAAAUCUCUUUAGCCAGUGACAUACUUAAAAACACUCCCUCCCCUAAUUUAUUUUUUGAACAUACUUCAAUUUAGUAUAAAAUUUUAGUGUUAAGCAUUAUAUAAAAGAAAAAUAAAUAUUUAAAAAAAUUAUAAAUUUACAA